UUGGAUUUUGUGGUACCUUGGGUCUCCAUCAACUUCUGGCAUCACCAGAUCAUUUAGCAAGACACCCCGAUCGACAUCACUCACAUCCUCUCGAACAAUGUCAUCAAGACCAGGUCUUUUCACGCGCGGCCUCUCCGGCCUGUCGCAAAGUAACGAUGCCAACGUGAGCUCGCCAGCUGCAGAGCGUGAUGACUUGAAGCGCAACUUCCUCAAGACGAUGCGUCCUUUGCCGACGCAGCAUUACUGGAACGUUUGGUUCGAUAGAUCUGAUAAGGACCAGCAGGGCAAGUCCGCCGAUGGUAGCUACCACUCGAACCUGGAGAAGCUCGGGUCCACGAUCGAGAGCGUCCAGGAUUUCUGGCGCUACAACAACAACAUGCCCAUCGAGAACAUCAAGAUGCGCGAGUCCAUCUACCUGUUCAAGACCGGGUUCAAGCCCGUCUGGGAGGAUCGCCGCAACAUUCUCGGCGGUAGCUGGACUUUCCGCGUUCCCAAGGCCAACGGGGCUGAUUUCUGGACUCGCGUGCAGGUCCUUGCUAUCGGAGAGGAGUUGCAGGAUGUGCUUGAGGAGGGCGACCAAAUCUGCGGCGUAGGCCUCUCAGCCCGGUUCAACGCCCACCUGAUCUCCAUCUGGCACCGUGACGCAUCCAAGCAAAAGUCCGUUGACGCCAUCCUCCAAUUGGUCCUCUCCAAGGCUAUUCCGGAAGAUUUUCCCCCACUUAAGCCGGAUAGCUACUUUUACAAGAAGCACUCGGACCAUGCGGGCUUCAACCCUUCGCCGGAGAUGCAGGCGGUUCUGGACUCGCAAAAGGCUCGGGAGCAGCACGCCGCCGCCGUUGCGAAGGCUCAGGCGGAGGCGGCCCAGCAGACGACGGCCCAACAAGGGAGCCAGGGCCAGCCGGAACCACCCCAGAUUGUUGAGAUGCCGCCUUCGGGAGAGCCAUGAACUUGGAACAACGACUAUGAAAGACGACAGCUUUAUGAGCAGUGAGACAGCUGCUUUGAGAGCUUUAUGGCCCCGAAAAGCAAGAACAAAUGCAAGAAUGCGACCCAACAGGAAUAAAGAAAGAAAGAAGAACGGAGGAGGCGAAUGAAACCGAAUCCUACAGGGAAACAGUUACUGAACAACGAAAACGAUAUGUCCAACUACAGGAUCCAGAUUGUUUUGGUUAUACACGGAAGAAUAAAGUUGGUUAAGAUCUGCAUUGUCUUGGGCGUUGGAUCAGUUAAUGUAUUAUUAUGGCGGGCGCGAUUCUUCAUUCGUGUUUUUAAAGAUGCCUCGAAGAUAAAGUCAGUUACCUAUACCUCUGGUUUUGAUUAUCCUAUAACAUGUCAUCGCAUAUAACCUCUUC